GCUGAGCACGUGCUGCUGUCGCCCAGAAUACAGGGCCCCCGAGGUCUACCUUGGCCAGUGGUACAAUGGCCCCAAGGUGGACGUGUGGAGCCUGGGCGUCAUGCUCUACAGAAUGCUGACUGGCACACUGCCCUUCGGGGGGGCCCCACCUCGGGGCGAUCAGGGUGUGCAUCCUGGGCAUGUACCUCCAGCUUCCCGACUACCUCACGGAGCAGUGCCAGGACCUGCUGGCCAAAAUGCUGGCACGGGACCCCUGGAGUGCAUCCAGCAGCACGCCUGGGUAGCAGAAACCAGCAAGGGACUCCUGCCCUUCAGCGAGCCGUCCCUCAGCCCCCAGGACCCGGCCAUAACCAAAGCUAUGGAGCGCCUGGGCUACCAGAGGCAGGAAAUUCGAGAGGCCAUUGACGCUAACAAGUACGACGAGGUCAUGGCCACCUACCUGAUCCUCCGCUCCAGGAAGCAGGCGGGGGAGGAGGACUAUGAGGAGGAGGGGAAGGAGCGGCCCAGGCGCGUCAACUUCCAGGUGCCAAAGUGUGUCACCUUCCGGGAGCCCGGUGACCCCGAUUCCAAGGACUGCCCCCCACAACAGGAGGUUUCAGGGAACACCCCAAGGCCGGGUAUCCUGCGAAAGCAGGAAGUCCAAACGAGGGGAAAGGAUGCCACCCGGGGCAACAGGGUCAUCUCCACAGGAGUCCCUGAGCUGGAGGAUGCCCAGGAGCACACCGCUGCAGGGCCAGGCCGCCUGUUAGAGGAUACCCCGAUGGGCAGACCCUCCGUGCUAGGCCCGGUGCUGGAGGACUCCUGGGGGAACACCAGCACCUCUGUGGCCAGACCCCAGCUGGAGGAUGCUGGGGAGCACAGCAGCACCACUGAUACAGGCCCCCAGCUGGAGAGGGACCAGGAAAGCAGGGCCAACACAAUCAGUCCAGCUCCCCAGUCUUCCAGCACCACCCUAAGACCUCCCCCAAGACGUGGCUGGCCUACCAGUGCAGUGGCCCCUUCAGCAAUCAUCAGGGCCAGAGAUAGGGUAUUAGAAAAUAUCCUGGAAUUUUGUUGCUGCUGUGCAGCAUUCGAAUUGCAGAGCAACAAAGAUUAAAAAUAGCGCCACACCAGGCAAAACCUCCCCACCCCCAAAGCACAACCACUCAGUGGCCAUGGUGAACAAGAGUACACCAGGUAAGGUUGAGGCUCUGGAGAAGCUCAGGGGCUGGGCCCAGUCACAGGGGCCAGGAGCAGCAUGAGACACACGGGACUGCAGCACAGAAAUAUGGGCAAAACCGAUGUCCCUGGAGCACAGAUGUCCCUGGAGCAGAGCAGAUGAAGGGCCAGGGCGGCCAUGGAACUGGUGAAACACCUGGAGGGGAGCAGAGCAGACCCGUCCAGUACCACUUUUAACCAACUCCUUCUCACCCAUAUCCUCACGUCCCUGCAAAGACCGUCUCAUAACCAAGCCUGAGCCCUCACCCUGGUCUUCGUCCCCUCCAGAAGGAAGUAGCCAAAGAAAGAACCGUCGCCCCUUUUCCUAUCAACAAAAGGCUGGUAUGAAAGGUCGAUGCAGGGGCCAGGAAUGGGGAAGCCCACAUACAAACAACAAGAUGGCCCUGACACCAGUACCCCUGAUUCCAUCAAACCAAAACUGAAGCCAUAAGCAGGAGAAAACAACUCGGCUCCACGAAAA